ACCAUAUAAGGAAAAGCCCUUCAGUUGCAUGGCGUUUAGAGUUUGAAUAGUUUCGUGUACUCUUCAUUGCAUUCGAUUUAAACUCAGAAUCCGUAGUAAAUAUAACAUCAAAGGAAAAACGACAGGAUGUCCGAAAAGGACCCAAAUGAAGACACUCAGUGGAACGAUGUUCUCCGGGCAAAAGGUAUUCUACCACCCAAAGAAGAGAAAGAAAUCACAGAAGAUGAGAUUAUUAAACUUGUAGAAAGCACCAUUAAGGAAAAAACAACUGACAAAUCCCUAGAAGAAUUAACACUUGAUGAAUUAGAUGAACAAGAAGAUGAAAUAGAUGAAGAAGAAGAGCGAAUAUUUCAAGAAUACAGACGGCAACGCAUGUUAGAAAUGAAAGCAGCCAACCUGGCUGCAAAAUAUGGGGAUGUUUUAGAAAUUUCCAAAGAAGAUUAUGUUACAGAAGUUAACAAAGCAGGCGAAGGAGUGUGGGUCAUCCUUCAUGUCUAUAAAUGUGGUAUUCCAUUGUGUACGCUCAUAAACCAACAUCUAACUGGCCUUGCACGUAAGUUCCCACAGACGAAAUUCAUCAAGAGCAUAUCGUCGGUCUGUAUUCCAAAUUACCCCGACAAAAACUUACCCACCAUCUUUGUAUACUUCGAAGGAAAUAUAAAGAAGCAGUUUGUUGGUCCAUUUGCCUUUGGUGGAAUGAAACUAACAAUUGAUGAUCUUGAAUGGAUGCUUUCUGAAGUUGGUGCAGUUAAAACUACAUUAGAAUGUUGUCCUAAAAAAGAAGGAAUAAGAGAUGUAAUGGACAUGGCUGUUAAGAGUAGCAGAAUCACUGACGACAGUGAUGACGAAGACGAUUGGUAAGAUUUCUUGUCACCAAGUGAACAAAUACAGUCUAGAACAUCUGAACAUCAACACCUACAGGCUCUGUAUCCUAUUCCAAGCUGAAAGAUCCUGUUGCUCUCAUUUUGGGACUUAACCAUUUACCAGAAUUUCCCUACAGUUCAACAACCUUCAUUUACUCUUUGCUUCAGUUGAGAUCGCAUAUCUCCUUUGACCAAGACUAGCGGAUUCUAUUUGACUCAGUCUGUGUACCGAGGAAAACUAGUAACAUUCUCACCUGUUGACUGAGUGCUUGACAUUUA